AUGACUAUAUCCGAUCGCACUAAAGGCAAAGAGAGGAAUACAGUAGAUGGUAGGUCUAAGUUUUUCUUUAAGAAUAUUCAUUCCUUCUUGAGUUUGAGGAAGGGCAGCAACAGCAGCAGUCGCAGAAGCAGCAGUGCCAAUAGAAGAGGAAAUUCUGUUCGACGGAUAAGAGAUGAUACUUCGGGGAUUAAUGUUAGCAAAUGCGACGGUUUACUUCAGAAUAGUGUAAGAUCAGCUCGAGCAUCAAUUGAUGAUGGGUACUUGUUUGAAUCUGAAAAAUACAGAGGGAACUCAUCAGCUGAGGACUCCAACAGCUCUUUUGGCCAUGUGUCUUCAAGAACUUCAUCAUCCGCUAAUAGCAGUCGGUUACAAUUUUUGCAGGGUAAGGACAAAUAUGGGGUUCCGGUAAAGAUGAGUAAGACGUUAAGCAACAACUUCAGCAGCAGCAAAAAGAAUAACAAUAGUUACGGCAACGGUAGCAGAGUGGGGCUAUCAGGCACUCUAAUGAAUGUUGAUAACUCGGCGAUGCAUAGAUGCAACAGUAACGUCUCUAGUCAAUCAAAUAUGUCGCCUUUUUUGAAGUCCAAAUCUAUUAGCAGUGGUUCAGUACACAGGACUCACCCUAACGUUCACGUUCACAGAAGGCAACUUAGCGGCAGCAGUUUAACUAGCAAAAAAGACUUUAAGCCCUCACAUUGUGGCAUAACUACACGUUUGUCCCAAAGUGGAAACUGCAAGCCUUGGAACAUUCAGUCUAUAAUAGAUUCAGACUCUACUGGAGCGCAUGCCAACCAAUGUAAUUAUAGAAAAGAUAGCUUGUUUUCCAAUGGGAUGGGCAUGAAGAUUAGGGACUCCACUAACUCAUGUAGCUCACCCCCAACAACAAAAAUCCCGCCAGUUUACCACUCCAGAUUAGCAGAGAGUGCUAUUCCUUACAAAAGUGGUGAAUCUACUGAGGAGAAACUCCCACGGAUCACCGUGGAUGUUCUUGUCGACAUCAUGGAUGGCAAGUAUUCUACACAUUACCAUACAAUCAAAAUUGUUGAUUGUCGAUUUGAGUAUGAGUUCCAAGGGGGCCACAUAAAGGACGCUGUAAACGUAUCCUGUCAUCGUGAUCUGGAAAACGAGUUUAUCCAUAAAAGUCAUAAUAGGUGUUCUUUAGGUACAGGUCUACCUCCAUUAGUUGUAUUUCACUGCGAGUUUUCAUCAUACAGAGGCCCACUACUGGCAUCGCACUUGCGCAAUUGUGAUAGAAUACUAAAUUAUGAUUAUUAUCCCUCAUUAUAUUAUCCAGACAUAUUAAUUCUAGAAGGUGGUUUCAAGUCUUUUUUUGAAAAGUUCCCCGAAAAAUGCAAUGGCAAUUAUGUUGGCAUGGAUUCAAAUAAGCACCACGAAACUGAAUUAGCCAAGUUUAAGAAGGAAUCCAAAAUGAUUCUGACUAGGCAAAAUUCAGUACAUAUAUUUCAAAAUCUCAACUCAGAAUCCCCUACCAACCCCGUUGCAUCAGCUAGUAAUCAAAAUGACGCCAUUAUAGGUCUAGUGCCGCCUACCGAGAGGCUCAGAUUCUCGAUUGGAAUGCCACCAAGUACUGGUAAUUGCUAUAGCGGCCCUCCUAGUGGUAGCAGCGUUUGUUCCAGAAGCAGUAGUAAUAGAAGUGUACUCACUAGCACAUUAAUGUCUUUCCCAGACCUUGAUCUGGAAGUCGAUUUGAAAAUCCCUGCAAACGAUAAUGAUGACCGAUUCAGCUUCCAUAUAGGUGAUGAAGGGUCUCUGAAUGUAAAUGAAAAUUUCCCUUCUGCUUUAACGCAUCUUUUUCCUACUAUGGUCGAAGACGAAGAUAAAUAG